AUGACUUCAGCGGAAUCCUCUAAUGCAGCCACAAGUUCGGGUAUAUCAACAGGACUGGUAUCCAGCUCUGAGAUGACUCUGAUUCCAAGUAUUACCUCUAAUACACUGUCAACGAAUCAGGCAUCCACAGGUUUGAUUGAAACUUCCGGAACGAGAGCUUCAUUUAAGACUACACUUUUCCCCAGUUCUUUGGUGUCUGAUGCAGAUAUAUCUAUUCAAACCUCUUUCAACCCAACAGGAUCGCUAAACUCUCAAACUCUUCAACCUCGAAGCUCUACAGUGGAACUAAAUUCAGACCUUCAAUCUCCACUAUUUUCUAGUAGUACAUCUGACGUUGUAGCUACGUUAGAAUCUUCCCUGCCAGAGUCAUCAACACAUUCGGCAACAACCGAAGUCGCUUCAGUAGCUGUAGUGACUCCUCAAACAUCAAGUUCGUAUGAUCCAUCGGGAACGGGAUCGUCUCUUCAACCUACAUUUGUCAUAAAUACUGCAUCAGACGUAUCUACAACUACGCUAACAGGCUCAGGCUUUGGUGGAACAUUAGUGAUAGGAUCGACCCCUGGCAGCACACAUUUCUCUAACACUGUAUCUCACACUGGAAUAAUUGCUACAACGACCGUGUAUUCCAUGGAACCCACGGAAACUGAAUCAUCCCCUCAGAGUGUACUUUCUACAAAUACUACAGUACUGGGAUCGAUCCUUAAAAACGCCACACUUUCCUCUUACACUGCAUCUCACAUCGUAACAAUGGCACAGACGACCCUAAGUUCCAUGGAACCAUUGGGAACCGGAUCGUCCCCUCAUGGUACACUUUUAACAGGUACUACAUCUGGUAUAUCAGAAACUGCACAGACUUCGAGUGAAACAUCCGUAGUGGGAUCAGCCGUGGCUGUUAAUACUUUAUCCGACGAAGCAUCAUCUACACUAGAAACCUCAAGUUGGAAUGAAUCAACGGCAACAGAGUCGUCGCUGCAAGCUUCACCGUUUACUACCAUGACAUAUGACGAAGCAUCAUCUACAAUGGACACCUCAAGUUGGAAUGAACCAACGGAGACAGGGUCGUCGCUUCAGCCUUCAUCGUUUACUACCGCGGCAUCUGACGAAGUAUCAUCUGCACUGGACGCAUCAAGUUGGCAUGGAAUAACGGCAACUGGGUCGUCGCUUCAACCUUCAUUGUUUACUAACACGGCAUCUGACAUAGCACCGAAGCAACAAACGACCUUGGCUUUCCUUGAAUCACCCGAAUCGGGCUCGGCCUCUGGAACCACAGCCCUUACUAGCAGUACAUCUAACUGGGUCACAACUGCUCAGGCAACCUUUAGCCUAAGCGAAUUAUCGAGUAUGGUUUCAAUCCCUACCACGGCACUCUUUACCAGCGUUGCCGCUGACAUAGCAACAACCGAACAAAUAAAUAUCAGCUCCGUCGCCGUACCAACAACUGGUGACAUCGACGGUGAUUCAGACAACGUUGAUCUCUUCUGA